AGUGCGGAAGUCAAGUGGACAGCCUUGGGCGCAGCCUGAGCCCUGGGCUGCGCCCUCAUUGUCGCCACCUGCCGGGAUCGGUGGAUGGGCAGGGUCCUUAGCCUUGGGUCCUGGGAGGCCGCCGCGGGCUGACGUCACGCUGUCCCCGGAGCCCUGCGCCCCACCCCUGCUCCCAGGUCGGCGGGGGUCCGGCAGGGCGGAGGCGAGGCGGCCGGUGCCCCGGGCUCCGGCCCUAGGGCCUGGGCGGGGGCGGAGCUGCCCUGCGCCUCGCCCCGUCCUGGGCGGGGAGGACCGCGGGAGUGGCCGUUUGCGCUCCGGGCUCCUGACACAGGUGAGCGCUCCCCGGGGACGCCUCCCCGCGUCACGUGAGCGUCUCCGCCGCCGACAUUGUUCCUGGGGUCCCCGGAGAGGCCGGGCCGAGAGCCGUGGGAGUCUCCGCGUCCUCGCCAGAUGGGGAACGAGGCACAGAAAAGUUAAGUAACUUGCCCAAGCUAACACAGUUAACAAGUUAAUACAGGCAGUGUGGAUGCCGGCAGCGAGGAGCAGAGCCUGAUGGGGACACGGAGGCCUGGUUGUCGGGGGGUGAUGGCUCUGCAGCUCUGGGCACUGACUCUGCUGGGACUGGCGUGCCUAGGCUCCAGCGUGCGGCAGCCCAGCUUCCGUAGCGAGACAGAACUAAACCACCUGGCGGUGGAUAAGGCGUCUGGCGUGGUAUACGUGGGAGCAGUGAACGCAUUGUACCAGCUGAGUGCUAACCUGGAGCUACAGCAGAAGGCAGUCACAGGCCCAGAGCUGGACAACAAGAAGUGCACGCCGCCCAUCGAGGCCAGCCAGUGCCAUGAGGCUGUGCCAACUGACAACGUGAAUCAGCUGCUGCUGCUGGACCCCCCUGGCCAGCGCCUGGUGGAGUGUGGUAGCCUCUUCAAAGGGAUCUGUGCCCUACGUGCCCUCAGCAACGUCUCUACACGCCUCUUCUAUGAGGACAGCGGCGGCGAGAAGUCCUUCGUGGCCAGCAAUGAUGAGACCGUAGCCACUGUGGGGCUGGUGACCACAGCAGGCCCCGAUGGGGAGCGCGUGCUGUUUGUGGGCAAGGGCAACGGCCCACACGACAACGGCAUCAUUGUGAGCACCCGCCUGCUGGAUCGGGCCGAGGGCCGGGAGGCCUUUGAGGCCUAUACAGACCAUGCCACCUUCAAGGCCGGGUACCUGUCCACCAGCACACAGCAGUUUGUGGCGGCUUUCGAGGACGGAUCCUACGUCUUCUUUGUCUUCAACCAGCAGGACAAGCACCCAGCCCGCAACCACACGCUGCUGGCACGCAUGUGCAAGCAGGACCUCUUUUAUUACUCAUACCUGGAGCUGGACCUGCAGUGCCAUGACCCCAGCGAGCCCCAGGCACCUGCCCUCGGCACAUGUCUGGCAGCUUCUGUGGCCACUACGGAUGCUGGCAGUGUGCUCUAUGCCGUCUUCAGCAGGGACGGCCGAGGUGGUGCUGGAGGACCUGGGGCCGGCCUCUGCCUGUUCCCGCUGGAUGAGGUCCAUGCGAAGAUGAAGGCCGCCCGCGAGGCUUGCUAUAAAGGCACAGAUGUGGGCCGCGACAACUUCUACAAGCCCUUCCAUGGCGAGAUACAGUGUGGCAGCCACGGGCCGGAAGCCAGCAAGAACUUCCCAUGUGGCUCGGAGCAUCUGCCUUACCCGCUGGGCAGCCGGGACGGACUCACGGCCACAGCUGUGCUGCUGCGGGGUGGCCUGAACCUGACAGCUGUGGUGGUAACUGCUGAGAAUGGCCACACGGUUGCGUUCCUGGGUACCUCCGAUGGCCGCGUCCUCAAGGUGUACCUUGCCCCGGAUGGCGCCUCCACAGAGUACGGCUCCAUUGUUGUUGAGAUCAACAGGAGAAUCAAACAGGACCUUGUGCUGUCAGGGGACCUGACCAGCUUGUACGCCAUGACGCAGGACAAGGUGUUCCGGCUGCCGGUGCAGGAGUGUCUGAGCUACUCCACCUGCGCGCAGUGCCGUGACUCCCAGGAUCCCUACUGUGGCUGGUGUGUCGUCGAGGGCCGAUGCACCAGGAGGACCGAGUGUCCCCGGGCCGAGGAGACUGGCCACUGGCUGUGGAGCUGGGACAAGACCUGCGUGACUGUCACUGAUGCGCAGCCACAGAACAUGAGCCGGCGGGCCCAGGGAGAGGUGCAGUUGACCGUCAGCCCCCUCCCUGCCUUGAGCGCCGACGACGAGCUGCUGUGCCUCUUUGGGGAGCCCCCGCCACACCCCGCCCGCGUGGAGGGUGACACCGUCAUCUGUAACUCCCCCAGCAGUAUCCCCAGCACACAGCCCGGCGAGGACCACGUGGCCAUGACCAUCCAGCUCCUGUUUAGACGCAGCAAUGUCUCCCUCACCUUCCACACAUACCCAUUCUAUGAUUGCCGGGAGGCCAUGAGCCUCGUGGAAAAGCUCCCCUGCAUCUCCUGUGCCAGCAACCGCUGGACCUGCCAGUGGGACUUGCGCUACCAUGAGUGCCGUGAGGCCUCACCCAACCCUGAGGACGGCAUUGUGCGAGCCCACAUGGAGGACAACUGCCCGCAGUUCCUGGACCCCAGUCCUCUGGUGGUCCCCAUGAACUAUGAGACCGAUGUGACCUUCCAGGGCAAGAACCUGGACACGGUGAAGGGCUCCUCCUUGUACGUGGGCAGCGACCUGCUGAAGUUUGAGGAGCCAGUGACCAUGCAGGAGAGAGGGACCUUCUCCUUCCGAACUCCAAAGCUGUCCCACGACGCCAAUGAGACGCUGCCCCUGCACCUGUACGUCAAGUCAUACGGCAAGAACAUCGACAGCCGGCUGCGAGUGACCCUCUACAACUGCUCCUUUGGCCGCAGCGACUGCAGCCUGUGCCUGGCCGCCGACCCCACCUACCGGUGUGUGUGGUGCGGUGGACAGGGCAGGUGUGUGUACGAGGCCCUGUGCAGCAACGCCACAUCCGAGUGCCCGCCGCCUGCCAUCACCAGGAUCCAGCCCCAGACUGGCCCUCUGGGUGGGGGCAUCCGCGUCACCAUCUUUGGCUCCAACUUGGGCAUCAGAGCAGACGACAUCAAGAAGGUCACUGUGGCUGGCCAGGACUGCAUCUUUGAGCCCAAACAGUACUCCGUGUCCACCCGGAUCGUGUGUGUGAUUGGCGCAGCAGAGGCACCGUGCACAGGGGGUGUCGAAGUGGACGUCAGUGGGAAGCUCGGCCACUCACCACCCGAUGUCCAGUUCACCUACCAGCAGCCCCAGCCCCUCAGCGUGGAGCCCAAGCAGGGACCACAGGCGGGUGGUACCACGCUGACCAUCAGCGGCACGCACCUGGACACAGGCUCUGAGGAGGACGUGCGGGUGACUCUCAGCAACGUCCCUUGUAAAGUGACCAAGUUCGGGGCCCAGCUGCAGUGUGUCACCGGCCCCCAGACGACGCUGGGCGAGGUGCUCCUUCAGAUCUCCUAUGGGGGCUCCCUGGUGCCCAAUGUGGGUGCCACCUUCACCUAUCGUGAGAACCCUGUGCUGCACUCCUUCGAGCCCCUGCGCAGCUUCGUCAGCGGCGGCCGAAGCAUCAACAUCACCGGGCAGGGCUUCAGCCUGAUCCAGAACUUUGCCAUGGUGGUCAUUGCCGAGCCCCUGCAGUCCUGGGGACAGCGGCGGGAGGCCGGGCCUCUGCAGCCCGUGACGGUCAUGGGCACCGAGUACGUGUUCCACAAUGACACCAAGGUGGUCUUCCUGUCACCGGCCGUGCCCGAAGAGCCCGAGGCCUACAACCUCACGGUGCUGAUCCAAAUGGACGGGCACCGCGCCCUGCUCAGGACCAACACCGGCGCCUUUGAGUACGUGGCCGACCCCACCUUUGAGAACUUUACAGGUGGUGUGAAGAAACAGGUCAACAAGCUCAUCCACGCCCGGGGCACCAACCUGAAUAAGGCGAUGACGCUGCAGGAGGCCGAGGCCUUUGUGGGUGCCGAGCGCUGCAUCAUGAAGACGCUGACCGAGACAGAUCUAUACUGCGAGCCCCCAGAGGUGCAGCCCCCACCCAAACGGCGGCAGAAGCGGGACACAGCACACAACCUGCCAGAGUUCAUUGUCAAGUUUGGCUCCCGUGAGUGGGUGCUAGGUCGCGUGGAGUAUGACACACGCGUCAGUGACGUGCCGCUCAGCCUCAUCCUGCCACUGGUCAUGGUGCCCAUGGUUGCUGUCAUCGCUGUGUCUGUCUACUGCUACUGGAGGAAGAGCCAGCAAGCGGAGCGCGAGUAUGAGAAGAUUCGCUCGCAGCUGGAGGGGCUGGAGGAGAGUGUGCGAGACCGCUGCAAGAAGGAGUUCACUGACCUGAUGAUCGAGAUGGAAGACCAGACCAACGACGUCCAUGAGGCGGGCAUCCCCGUGUUGGACUACAAGACCUACACCGACCGCGUCUUCUUCCUGCCUUCCAAGGAUGGCGACAAGGACGUGAUGAUCACGGGCAAGCUGGACAUCCCCGAGUCGCGGCGGCCUGCGGUGGAGCAAGCCCUCUACCAGUUCUCCAACCUGCUUAAUAGCAAGUCCUUCCUCAUCAAUUUCAUCCACACCCUGGAGAAUCAGCGGGAGUUCUCCGCGCGGGCCAAGGUGUACUUUGCAUCGCUGCUGACGGUGGCUCUGCAUGGGAAGCUGGAGUACUACACAGACAUCAUGCGCACACUCUUCCUGGAGCUCAUGGAGCAGUACGUGGUGGCCAAGAACCCCAAACUCAUGCUUCGCAGGUCUGAGACGGUGGUGGAGAGGAUGCUGUCCAACUGGAUGUCCAUUUGCUUGUACCAGUACCUCCGGGACAGUGCGGGCGAGCCCCUGUACAAGCUCUUCAAGGCCAUUAAGCACCAGGUGGAGAAGGGACCGGUGGACGCUGUGCUGAAGAAAGCCAAAUAUACGCUCAAUGACACGGGGCUCCUAGGGGACGAUGUGGAGUAUGUGCCCCUGACUGUGAGCGUGAUUGUCCAGGACGAAGGUGUGGACGCCAUCCCAGUCAAGGUCCUCAACUGUGACACCAUCUCCCAGGUGAAGGAAAAGAUCAUUGACCAGGUGUACCGCACGCAGCCCUGCUCCUGCUGGCCCAGGCCAGACAGCGUGGUCCUCGAGUGGCGGCCUGGGUCCACAGCCCAGAUCCUGUCUGACCUGGACCUCACGUCGCAGCGGGACGGCCGGUGGAAGCGCAUCAACACACUGAUGCACUACAACGUCCGUGAUGGGGCCACCCUCAUCCUCUCCAAGGUGGGCGUUUCCCAGCAGCCUGAGGACAGCCAGCAGGACCUCCCCGGGGAGCGCCACGCGCUGCUGGAGGAGGAGAACCGUGUGUGGCACCUGGUGCGGCCGGCAGACGAGGUGGAGGAAGGCAAGAGCAAGCGGGGCAGCGUCAAGGAGAAGGAGCGUACCAAGGCCAUCACCGAGAUCUACCUGACUCGUCUGCUCUCCGUCAAGGGCACACUGCAGCAGUUCGUGGACGACUUCUUCCAGAGCGUGCUGGCGCCCCGGAAUGCCGUGCCCCCUGCCGUCAAAUACUUCUUUGACUUCCUGGACGAGCAGGCAGAGAAGCACGACAUCCGGGACGAGGACACCAUUCACAUCUGGAAGACCAACAGCCUGCCACUGAGGUUCUGGGUGAACAUCCUUAAGAACCCACACUUCAUCUUCGACGUGCACGUCCACGAGGUGGUGGACGCAUCCUUGUCAGUCAUUGCACAGACCUUCAUGGAUGCCUGUACGCGCACGGAGCACAAGCUGAGCCGGGACUCGCCCAGCAACAAGCUGCUGUAUGCCAAGGAGAUCUCCACCUACAAGAAGAUGGUAGAAGAUUACUACAAGGGGAUCCGGCAGAUGGUGCAGGUCAGCGACCAGGACAUGAACACACACCUGGCAGAGAUCUCCCGGGCCCACACAGACUCACUUAACACCCUUGUGGCGCUGCACCAGCUCUACCAGUACACACAGAAGUACUAUGAUGAGAUCAUCAAUGCCCUGGAGGAAGACCCGGCUGCCCAGAAGAUGCAGCUGGCCUUCCGCCUGCAGCAGAUCGCAGCCGCACUAGAGAACAAGGUCACCGACCUCUGACCUCCAGCUACUUAACGCCUCUGCUCUGGCGCCUCUGCUCUGG